AUGGUCUCAAGGUGCAGAACAUUGGUUUUUGGUAAUGUUAUAGGAUGUAUACGAGUGAGGCAAUAUAGAUCUAUAUUACCUGGGAAUCCAGCGAAGGAAUAUGAAGGACAUGAAGUUUCGAAAAAAGUAAAAUGAGUUCGAUCCGCAAAGUUGCCAGACUGGAUGUUAAUUCGAAUGGCGUCUUCGAUUAGCAUAAAAUUGGGACCAAGCGUAGGCAAACAGCUACUGAUAAAGUAUAGAGGCGAACGGCGAGAUGAUUGUUAUCCGAGGAAUGCAACCGUCACUGACCAACAAAUAUGUGUUGAUAUUGCUCGUAUUCUUGGAAAUAAUCCUUCGCGUUAUAAUGCUGCCAAGCAAUUUUACUUAAUGCUCAAUGAAAUGCAUUUCUGCAAGCCAAAAAGCGAUGCAUUGAAUGUUUUGUUUGGUUUUUGGGUUAAGAAGAAUAAUAUUGAGAAAGCAGUUGAUGAACUGGAGGAUUUACUGCAUCGCUUGAAAUUCAAAUCUAUUGGAAGCAUUCUUUUCGUAGUCAUGAGUCUGAUAUGUUCUAGAGACAGCCUUGUAAUGAAAUAUGCAAAAACCAGACUUCAAAGAAUUUGUAUUAUUGGAUGUGUUUUACUGGACCAGAAUUUGCCCAUUCGAUUUGCCGAAUUGCUUCAUAAGGAAGAAUUUUUAUUGUGUUUCGAAGCUGUGAGGUUUAUUUGUUCUGUUGCAGCUUCAAAACGGCGGCCCGACAUGUUGUUUAAUUUAUUAGAUUGCCAUGAACUUUUCAAAUUGGACAACAAAGCUCGUAACUAUAUCUGCAACGCACUUGUAGUUAUUUAUGGUAAAAAGAGAGAAAUCGAUGGUUUGAACAAAAUCUGGCAUUCUGUUAACAAUGAAAAAAAUUUAGAUGAUUUCUUAUCGACGAUGAAUGCAUUAAAACAUUUUUAUAAAUGUUUACGAGUUCAUUGUCCAAAAAUAGAUCAAGAAUAA